GGAGACAAGUGGAAAGAUAAGAUAGCGAAGAGUUGGUGUUUAUUUAAGUAGUGUCAUGUCUCUGGCACAUACAGACAACAGGGUCCGGCAGACUGCCUGUAUGGGAGCGGAACAACACCACCUCGGGAGCUUGAACUAAAAUAGAUCAAAUUCAGCUUGGAGCAAGGUGGAUUAGCACAGCUUCCUUUGUCUCGCUUGACACUUGUUCCCUUCUGUGUGGAAUUUCUUGGAACUAUGAGUAAACCAGAGACAUUGGCCUCCUGCAUUGCCAAGAUGUACGAGGGGGGUAAAUUGGACAAUGCUGGGGCCCCUUCUGGAGCAAUGAAAAAGCCAACUAACAGCCUGCUGAACAGCCUGGGAGGCAUGGAGGUCAAGCUGAAUCAGCUUGAGGUGAAGGUGGAGCAGAUAGCUUGUAGCCAGACAGAGGUCCUCAGGAGGCUGGAUAUGGUGUGUCAGGGCAUGGGGAAGCUGGAGAAGGACCUGGACCAGCUCAGAAAAGACAGGGACCCCCAGGCAGGGGACAGGGGCUCUCGUGGAGGUGGAGGGGACCCAGCCUUGUUCUCGGAGGUCAGGGUAAUGUGUGGGGAGACUGUGGCACUGCUGAAGAACCUGCAGCAGGAGGGGAAAUGGCAACGGGAGAAAAUUGAAGGAAUAGAGAGCUCGGUUUCGGCCGUGGACAAGCUCUGGGGAUACGUGGGGGAAGUUUUCCGAAGCUCUAAGAUAGUGGAGUUCAUCUUGAAAGGCAUCGUACCCUGGAGGAAACAGGGCCUGCUGUACAUCCAAGAGGAGGAGGAGAAAACAAAAUCAGAAGAUAGCAGAGUAAAGCCUAAAGUCACUCUUUGCGACCAGGGGACUCAGGUCCAGGAAGAGGGCUUACAAAUCACCACAGGUGACAAGAAGGCGGUAGAGCUCCCUGUAAAGGAAGCGAAGGCCGCAGACCAUGGAGUGGAAGUCCCAACUCCUCCUGAGCCUGAUCCCUGCAGGUUAUCCGAAUCUCUCACAGAGGGCCCUGCAGUCGAGGAGGCCAUAUUCCCAUCUACCAAUAGUGAUAGGGGAAGUAAAGGCUCUCGCAAGCCCAAAGAGGUCACCUUAAAGAGCAGAGAGCCCACCAGAGUUCAGACCUUUGCCCCUGAUGUGGUCGUAGCUCAGGUGGAGGUCACCAUCGAAGUGCUCUCUGAGCUGAGGAGGACUCCUGAUGUGACCAUGAUUUCGGUGAGCAGUGAGUUAGACAGUCAGUACAUCAAAGUCAAGGAGACCGAGGUUCCAAAAGGUCCAGGGCCCACUGUAUCACAGCCACCUAUCUCCACCACUGAGGAGCAACCGCUGGAGCAAGCCCCUGAAAGUGUUUCUCUUCCUUCCAAGGAUGACCCUCUCCCUGAAGAGGACUUUACAAAGGCUGCAGUCAGUCCUCAGGAACCUGUUAUCAUUGUAACACCACCAACCCCAUGCAGCAGUGCGCUAACAAGCCCACUGGAUGUGGUCACCAAACCAGAGUCCGCAACGAUUGUCCCUCAGGUCCAGCCUGAGCCGGUGGCGACCACAGAGCAGCACAAACCUGUUCCACCUCAACCAGAGUCUGAGACAGUGAAAUACUCUGCAAAACCAGUUAUCCCUCAGCCAACUCCCUCUUUAGUUGUUAAAAACCCUACAGCAGCUGCACAGGUGGCAGGCCUGGAUGCACAACUAUUGGUCAUAGAUGACUGCCCACCCUUGCCUGCUCCCUUUGAGCACCGCAUUGUGAGUGCCAAGCAAGUCCCGAUGGGCUCUUAUUACGCUGUAAAGCCUAACGCGGUCCUAGGAGGGGGACGUUUUGGGCAGGUCCAUAAGUGCGCAGAACUGUCGUCGGGCCUAAUCCUCGCUGCGAAGUUGAUCAAAGUAAAGGGAAUGAGGGAGAGAGAUGAAGUGAAGAAUGAAAUAGGGGUGAUGAACCAACUUAACCAUGUGAACCUGAUUCAGCUUUAUGAUGCCUUUGAGUCACGGACAAACCUUACGCUUAUUAUGGAGUAUGUGGACGGUGGUGAGUUGUUUGACCGGAUCGUUGACGAGAACUACCAGCUGACAGAGCUGGAUGCCAUCGUGUUUAUGAGACAGAUCUGUGAGGGGGUACAGUACCUCCAUCAGCAAUACAUUCUCCAUUUAGACCUCAAGCCAGAGAACAUUCUUUGUGUCAACUCCACAGGGAACCAGAUCAAGAUAAUAGACUUUGGUCUGGCCAGAAAGUAUAGACCCAGAGAGAAACUAAAGGUCAAUUUUGGCACUCCGGAAUUUCUGGCUCCUGAGGUGGUCAACUACGACUUUGUCUCAUUCCCAACGGACAUGUGGAGUGUAGGAGUCAUUACUUAUAUGCUUCUGAGUGGACUGUCUCCAUUCCUGGGGGACAACGAUGCAGAGACUAUGAACAACAUCCUUCACGCCAACUGGGAUUUUGAUUCAGAGGCAUUUGAGAAUGUCACAGAGGAAGCUAAGGACUUUGUUACCAGACUGCUUAUUCCAACUAAAUGCAGUCGACUCAGUGCAACUGGCUGCAUGAAGCAUGCCUGGCUGAACAAUCUGGAGGAUAAAGCCAAAUUGCACCAGGUUCGGCUCAAGUCCCAAGUCAAGCUCCAGCGCUACCUGGCCGCUCACAAACAGUGGAAGAAACACUUCUAUGUGGUUGCUGCAGCCAACAGGCUGAAGAGGUUUCGCCAGAAUCAUCCCAUAAACACUGUGUAGCAGUGAGAAGACUGUCAAAGACUGAGUAGUUGUACCUCCAUGGCAGGCAUUCCUGCCAUUUAUGCUAGUUGGACUGAGGCAACAGAACAUGAUCGGCAACAGUGUCUGGCAUUGGUAUGCAAAUCGCAAUGGACAUUGAAGUGUACUGUAGUAUUCUAAUCACUUUUUAUACUGUACAGUGCACAACUUUGUGCGGUCUUCCUGUUUAGUGCUUACUAAAUUACCCUGGGCUCAGUGCGCUUCAAGCAGGUAGCCUACUACUUACUUCGGUGUAAUUGUUUAUUUAAUGACAACUCUUACUGACAUAUGUUUGAACUGCUAUGCUGAAUGUACAUCACGUUGAAAUCACAAACCACAUUAUUCACAAGGCUUUCAUUUUUGGUUUAUUUAAUAUGGUAAGUGAAUCUUUACAAAUCACACAGAUGACCUUGUCUUGUCAAUCUUUCCUUCUAUGAAGGCUUUGAAUGGGCUACUUGCUUGCAUGCUACCCAACCUGACUGACAGUAGUGUUCCCAUAUAGCAUUAUUUUGUGACACAGUGUCCCCACCUCCACUUGAACUCACCAAGAAUAACUCAAUGACUAUAAAUGUUAUUUCAUUAAAAUAAGUGAAGCCACAAAUGGCCAGACUUAUACUAUUGUCAAUAGUCUGGCACAGUGGAAUCACCAUAACACAAAUGCUUCCAAUGGUUUUUCCACCUUGUGAAUUUUUAAAAUUUAACUAGGCAAGUCAGUUAAGAACAAAUUCUUAUUUCCAUUGA